GUGGAGGACAGAGGACGAUAUUGUCCUGAGAUCAGCAGUCAGCUGAGAGUCUGAUCUGAGUGCGAGUGUGUGGAUCACAGAGGAACACAAACAAACAAACAAACAAACAAGCAAACAAACAGGAUGAACGACUUCCUGGUGUCGAGCAGAGCUGCAGUGAAGGUCUCCAUGGCGACAGGAAGCUGGUGCUGACGCUGGUGGACCACAAUGUCCUGCAUGAACCGCCUGCUGAUCUUAUGACUCGUUUCCUGUUCUUCAGUACCGACAGUGACCUGGAGGGGGCGGUAGUAGAGGUCAUCGACCACCAUCAGCUACAGAGAGCCGCCUCCUUCGCAUGUCCUGUUACCAUGGAGACGGUGGCGUCUUGUGCUACCUUGGUAACAGAGCGGAUUCUGUCCAGAGCGCCCGAGAUCCUGGACAGACAACUAGCUCUGCUGCUGUACGGUGCGAUGGUGGUGGACAGUGUAAAUCUGUCUCCUCAGGUCGGUAAAGGGACGGUCAAAGACAGCCAGAUGGUCCGACUGCUGCAGACACAGUUUCCUGAUCUGCCACACGGAGGCGCUCUACACAGCUCGCUGCACUCAGCAAAGUUUGACCUGUCAGGUCUGUCCACAGAUCAGAUCCUCCUGAAGGACAUGAAGAUGGUUGCCGGGGGUGAUGUGAGAGUAUCUGUCAGCAGCGUCUUCAUGAGUCUGGAUUCGUUCCUGUGCAGGAAGAAUCUGCAGCAGGAGCUCUACGACUUCUGCCUGUCACGCCGGCUGGACGCUGCAGUCGCCAUGACGAUAUCCUUUAACGCCCAAUCAGACGAUCCCGUCAGGCAGCUGGCGCUCUACAGCUCCAGCUCGCUGUACAGGCAGCAGAUUAGCCACGCCCUUCUGAACGCCCAUGGCCCCGCCCCCUGUCUCUCACCUCUCAGCAGCCCAUAUAAGGACAUCCUGGCCUAUCACCAGGGCAACGCUUUGGCCUCUCGCAGGAAACUCCUUCCUGUCCUCGCACGCUUCCUGUCCGACUGGUGGCACAGAGAGGUGCAUUGUGGGGACGAUGGCGAGGAGUUAGAGGACCAGCUCGACCAGACGGACAUGAUGACCUCUGACCUCGCCGACGACUGCCCGCUUCACAUUUACUCCGCCUCUCAUCACCACCGGCGGCGGCUGGGAGCAGAGGAUUAUGGGAGCGUGGAGGAGGAUUACUGCGGCAGGACGAUGCCGCCGGCGCCGAUGAACAGUCUGGUGGACGGUUGCCCGCUGGACGGCGCCUUCAACCAGGAAGAUCUACUGGAGAAAUUCAGCAGGAUGGGAGGGGUGGAAGAGCGGGGGAGUGGGCAGUAGAGAGGAAGAGGAGGAGGAGGAAGAGGAGGAGGAGGUGGAGGAGGAGGAAGAACAUGGCCGACAACUCAAGUUCGAGUUUCUUACUCUUCAUGAAGUUUUUAUGAUUUUAUUUGGGAAACAUUUAAUUAUGUGUUUUAGGGAUCGAUCAAUAUGUUCAGAUACUGAUUAUUAGUAAUGAAGGAAACCAAUAACUAUAUAUAAUAUACAUUUACAGUAAAAAUAAAACUUUGAGUUUCAACAUUGAAAAUAACUGCAGUGGAA